GAAAUUUUGGUAGGAAAAAAAAUUUGUCUGUGGCAACGCUGUGUCUGUUUUUCAUUUCGUCGACAGAGCUACCAAUGCCAGCGCAAUAUUUUUGUCUUAGUAUGCGUGCACUAGCAAAGGCGCAAUUGCGCAUGUAUGAUAGCAGAUUGCACUUAAUUUUGAUAAGGGAAAUAAGCUGAUUUUGAAGCAUUCAGUUGUAGAAGCUUUGCAAGACGCGACUGAUGGAAACUCCAAUGCAUUUGCAAAAGUUUUGACACAUACUAACACAUCCGCAAUCUGCUUUAAUCUUUUUUUCUGAAACAGAUAUGUGCCACAAGAGUAAGCAGUCAAACUGAUUUGGUACAUUAUUUUGCCCUUUCAUUAUUUCUUCUCUUUGUCUUCUCACGCUUUUCGCUAAAAAGAAGAGAAGAAUUAAAAAGAAGAAAAGGUAGCCGUCUAAAAGCGCGGAAAAAUUAAGAACGACAGACGUGGAAUUUGCGAAAUACAGUUCUAAUAAAAGGAAAGUUAAUUUAAUAUAAAAGAAUUUGAAGACAAAAUGAAGAAGAGGCAUUUAAGCAAUGGCUUAUCAAAAGAAAAAAGGCUUUUCGAAGCUAAUAUAAAAAAAUUUAAAGAGCUUGAGCAAUCCUCUCAAGAAAAUGUGCAAAGUGAGGCUGCGGCUUCUGGUGAAACAGAAAAUAUGGAAGACUGUAUGUCGAGUGAAGUUUUUCUUGGUGAAAGUGAUCCUUUUCUAGCAGUGAAGUGCCGAAUGAAAAUUUCGAGCAGUUGAAUGCGAAUUAGGGAUUGAAGUCUUGGGCGAUUAGAAAUAAAAUUUCUCAAAGCGCCCUUGACGAUUUUCUUAAAACCCUUUGAAAAGUUGGAAUGAAUGACUUGCCUUUGUCCGCUAAAAGUCUCGGGAAAAAAUUAAUAUUCAGUCCAUUCCAAAUGGCGAAUUUCUAUACUUACGUAUUCAAGAUAAUUUUAUUUCAGAUGUAUUCGGAUUUUUAGAGGCGCGAGAAGAAGUCUUAAUUGAUGUAGGUGUCGAUGGUGUCAAACUAUUUAAUAGUUCUAAUCGAGUUUUAUGGCCUAUCCUGGGGCACUUGUAGAUUUUCGUAGUGUAACACCUGUAGAAACCUGAAGAUAUCAAUGAUUUCAUGGCAAAUUUUUCAUCAGAAGCAAAAUACCUUAGGGAAAAUGGUAUCAAAGUGGGUCACAAUGAGAUCGUAUUAAAGUUUGAUGUUCGGGUGUUCAUUUGUAAUUCUCCGGCUAGGGCGUUUGCUUGUGGUGUUAUGUCAUUUAAUGGAAAAAGCGGAUGCCCUAAAUGUUGCCUCGAAGGCAAAUAUAAAGAGAGAAUAUUAUGUUUUCCCAAAGAAAUUGGUGAACUUAGGUCGGAUUCAUCUUCUGAGCAAAGAGUUUACGCUUCUCACCACCUUGUUCAAUUUAGGCAUCAGAAAAGCGUGUUAGAAGACGCUGGCUUUGGAAUGGUUUCUCAGUUUCCUCUUGACUCUAUGCAUUUGGUUGAUUUAGGUGUCGUCAAAAAAUGUCUUAAACUGUUCAUCAAAAAUGCAAAUACCAUAAAGAUGAAUGCAAAUAUUCGUUUCGUUUCCAGGUUUUUCCAUCAGAAUUCUGUCGAAGUUAGUCAUUGGAAAGCAACGGAGUUCAGGCAGUUCUUGCUAUACACCGGCGUUUUUAUUUUGAAGGAUUGCAUUUUUUUGAAAAUGUUAUCGUGUGGAACCAAAUUUUUUGAGAUGAUGGCAAAUAUAGUACUUCAAUCAAGAAACGAUUCCAGGGAAUCACAAUCCAAUUCCGACGGUAAUUGCAACUCAAGAAUGGCGGAUAACGAGCUGCUGCAGCCGCCCAAUUCACUGCCAUUGGAAAACAACAACACAUCGCUUACACUGCAAAGAGUGGACAGACAAACUUCCACUAUGACCUCGCCGAGCACCAAUUCUAGCGAAGUAGAGGCAUUGAGCAGCCACCAUGCUCUAGACGUUGUUAAAGGAUAUUUUAUAAAAGAUUUCGAUUUAAGGGAUGUGCAGAUGUAUAUUCGUGACAUAUUUAAUGAAUAUGAAAAAAGAUAUAUAGAGGCAGGCGUUUAUCAAGAUGAGCAAAGUUGUCAACAUGAAAUUCAAGAUGCACAUCGCGAGGAGCAGGUUUUACGCCUAUUUGCCGUAUUGCGACAUAAGGAUCCCUCACAAAUAACUAAAUUUAUGGAUGCUUUGCUGCUCGACUAUUCUUGGCUUGUGAACCAUUUUGAGAAUGUGAACAAAGUCGACUAUAGCCGUUAUGUAGAUUUAGUACAUUCUUUACACUCUAAGGUCCAUCUGAAAUUCGAUGACUACAAUGUGCAUCGCUCAGUGCCGUUCCGAAAAUUACGAAACGCACUGCUAGACAUGCCACCUGCCGGCCGUGUGGUGCUGGUUAGUGACUUCGGUUGUGGCAAGAAGUGGCUGGCAAUCGAUGCUUGCUCCGAUUUUGAUGUCGCAAACGCUAUGAAUUUUCAAAUCCACUGGGUCGAUAUGAGUCAAUGUACAAGCUCGCUGGAAGAUCUACGUAUGUUGCGUUAUUUAAAAUUAUUGCUAACACAAUCGACGCGUUCACCUUCACCGGCUAGUUAUGGUUCGUUGGAUCGAGUUAACAAUAAUACGCAGGUUUAUAAAAAUUCGAUAGCUGAAGUAUGCGUUGAGCUGAAAAAGCAUUUGGAUAAGAAGUGUCUUGUCAUUUUGGUGAACGUACAGAAUACGCAUGCGCUAAAAGCUUUCGACUUGCCAUGUAAAUUACUCGUUAUCACGCGUAGUAAAAAAGUUAGCGAUUCGUUUGCAAAAAAGCGAAGCACCACAUUAAAUGUGAAUCGUGGUUUUACACGCGAAGAACUUUAUCUGCUCUUUGAAAAGUAUUUGGAACAUCAGAAUUUCAAAGAAAGCCAUGUAGAUUUGAUAUAUGCACAUAGCAAUGGGCAUCCAUAUUUGCUCAGUUUAAUUGCGCAGAGUUUACGCCAAAACUUGAACAAUUGGCAGAGUUGGAUCGAUAAGUUGCGAGAAUCGGACCUUGUUGAUGAGAAAUUCAAUGCCGCGAUUGAAAAGAGCCUCGAGAGCUUAGAGCCGGAUUUAAGAAAGGCAUUUUCUGAGGUAUUUCGUUGCUUCCCGCAUGCCAUUUUUGUGCCAAAAAGGGUAAUUGUUGCCCUGUGGCCUGGGAGCAGUUGUGAAAAAGAUUUGAUCAAGUUACAUCGUCAUGGUUUUCUAGAAAAGUGCAUUUUAGAAACAGGUGACUUCUUUAAGCUACCAUUUAUUUAUGGUAAAAUGAAGGAAAGAUAUGUAGUAACAGACGAAGAAAUAGUAGAUAUGCAUAAGAAACUGCUUGAAUACUAUCAUUUCGUUGAGGAUUUAGAUGCUCGCAAAGAAGUGUUGCCUUUCCAACGUGACGUUCAUGAUUUCUACUUUUUUCUCUGCAUCGGUUAUCAUCUCAAAAAGUCUGGAUUGACGCACUACUUUCGGCAAAUAUAUUUGGAUUAUGGUUUUCUAGAGCAAAAAAUGCGUAACGUCGACUUGCUAAGCACAAUCGCCGAUUUGGAAACGUUUCGGCAUUACAUUGCCCCUAAUUCGGAGCGUCGUAAAGCAUUUCGUGCCAUACGUGAAUUUUUACCCAACAUCGAAAAGACAUUGCAAGAGUCGAAGAAUGCUACACUCUUACAAUGCGCGCUCAUGGAGAGCGGUUUGGUGGGUGAUGAAGCGCGUACACAAGCGGCUGCUUUUCCAGAUUACACAUGGUUUGAACACCGCGGUUUCUUCCACCAACGCCACAAUAUUAUUUCUCUGCCCAGUACUCCAAAGAAAGUUAUACUACUUGAUCAUGAACGCUCUUUGAUUGUACUGGAGGAAAGUAAGACUAUACUGCUGGUCAACACAUCGCUGAAUUGGAACUCAUAUUCAGUUAAAUUAAAGGAUCCGGUGUUAGUUAAAACAACCGUAGUUGAUGCUCUCUUUUUUACUGACAAUAACUACGACAUUGUACUAGCCUUAUACAGUAAUGGUGAUAUGAAAUUUUGGUGUAUACCGUGUGAUUGCAGUACGGACCGGCGAAGGUCUGAUUCUUUUGCACGCCCGCAAGCCAAAGAAAUUGAAUGUUGCAACGUCACUCCUCGAGCCUACCUUUUCAAACCAAUUACCGCAUUUGAACUUUCUUAUGAAGGAAAUGAUAAACAACCCUAUUUAUAUAUGGCGCAUAUGAAUGGUGAAAUCAGCAACAUUCAGUGGAAGAGCGAAAGUAAAACUUUUUGCUCUACAUCGACACCGUUUUUGAAAACUGAAAUGCGAGCUAUAACUAUUGUGCGCCUCAUCUUUCGUCGAUUCUAUGUAGUUGGCAAUACAAAAGGGGAAGUACGUAUUUUCGAUGUCACAGAUUAUUCGCAACAACGUGGUCUUGAACCAUUCACCAACUUCAUCGAAGCCAUCGAGCUAUCGCGGAAUGAGACACUUCUAGUUUGCAACACUUGCAUUGUUCGAUUUACAAGCAGUUCAAUACUGCAAACGGGACAUGUGGAAUAUCUGCUUCAUCAAGAUGACUUGACUGCUUACGAUCAGGGGAAUGUCAUAAAAUGUGCUAAAUUGUUGUUUAUCAAUGGACGUAAACAACUCGUUUUGGGCACAAAUAGCGGACUGAUUAUCUUCGACAUUGAAAUGCGUACAAGAGUGCUCACUACAAAUGUUAACGAACAGAUCACGUGUGUUGAUGUACAUCCGCUGGAAAAUGCCAAGUACAAGUAUAUGGUGGCAUGCGGUUCACAUGAGCGUAAGCUCUUGAAUUUAUUUGCAUUACGGGUGGAUGAUAGUGGUGGUACGCUUCUCGGUUGGUCACAUCGUGCCACAGUUUCUCGAUUGGGAGAGCGUGAUCGGUAUAGUGACGCGAUAGACUUCCACAUGGCGCCCGAUGCUUGGUUGAAGGGUGGCAAAUUAUUUGCAGUGCAAUAUGAGUAUGAUGAGGCGACAAUAUUGGCUGUGGAUUCACAGAAUCAGAUACAUAAAAUCGAUAAUGAUGGUCACAAAGUAUUUCCGCGUUUACCCCACACCAUCACUGCGCUUACGCAAAGUGGCAAGCAAGCGAUAGUUGGCUGCGUAAAUGGCAUGCUAUUUGAUUUGACUACUUCUACACCUCUAUUCACUUCGGCCUUUAAGAAUCAACCGAUCGAGUUUUUACAGCUUUUAGACGAAUACACGCUUGUUGCUGGUAGCAAUAAUGAGCUAGUCAUUUUCACAGAUCUUAGUACUGGCCAACAAAAACCAUUUAUAUUGAAAUAUGGAAAAAUUAAGCGCUGCUUUCGUUUGGCGGCUGGACGCAUAUUGAUAGUUUUUGUAAGCUGUGUAUUUUGGGUUUUAGAUGAGUCCGCGUGUUUGAUAAAUAAAUACGAGCCAAUGCGCAGCAUUGGGGAUUGCGAUUUACAAAACAACCAACUGUUUGUGGUUACUGAAAACUAUAGAAUCGAGAUAUUCGAUCUCGCUGAGUCGUUGGGCCCAAAACAGCCAAAGAUUAUCCAUUUCGGCACGAUGAGUGCCUCCUCUAAGACAAAAGUCAGUUGUGUGGCUGUGUCGCGCGAUGCCAGCUUAGUCGCUAUUGCCUGUUAUGAAGAUGAUGGUAAUGGUGAAAUUGAUGUACGAAUUGAGGUUUAUGAAUGCCGACUUGCCGCCAAAUGCAUCGAAUUUCUCUAUUAUCUCCGCGGUCACCACUGCCCCAUAUUUGAUAUGCGUUUUUCACCUAACGCUCACGUACUUGUCAGCUGUGCGGAGCAAAUGUGUUGGUGGAGCAUGCAAAUGGCAGCUUGCAAGCUAAACAAUGCGCUUGAGGUGAGAGAAAGUUCACGUCAGAAGAAGAAUAAUUCACGCUUUUCCUCAGCGGACACUGACAGCAGCACAACAGAUAGUGAAACAGAUGAAACAGUCGACGCAAGCGUGGUUCGAACUGUACCCACAAGCAUCUUCGAGGAAGUCUCAAUGCUGCCGCAUAAGGAUACACGUUCGCCAGCAGAUGUUACACCCGUUGAUGGUGUUUGCGGUGAGGUGGCAACGGAUGCUGUUUGGACGGCGAAACGUGGGCCGAUCGCGCAUCGCGAGCUGCUAUCAUGCAUCAAAUUUAAUGGCAGCGAGGCGCAACAGUUCUUUGCCAAUGAAUCAUUUACUCAAUUCCAGACUAUCGACAAUGGUGGCGGUUAUUAUGUAUUGACGUUACGUGACUUUAGCAAUCCAAAGCAAGCGUCUCUGCCAUCGCCGUUACAUAAAAACUUUCCUGUGACUGUGGCCUAUAAGGCGGAGUUGAGUAUAGAUGAAAGGGAAUAUGGUGAGGGCGGUGGUGUGGAUGUUGUUACCUGACCAGGUGAAAGGAGAUUGCGUCUGCGAAAAUGGCGUGCGAAAAGAGGUGCUAAGAGGAGGAAGAUGCUAGAGAUCGAGACUGCAGCGAUUUCCUACCGACUUGUGUACUUUUUAAUAUAUUUUUGUAUAUUUCACUGCGAUUUCGUUGGGUGUGACUAAUAAUGGGUAGUG